GACUAAUCAGUUGUUCACUUGCAAUAGUAAAAGCCAUUUUAUGCUUCUUAAACAAGAAUAUUUGAAUGUCAGCCAAAGUGGCCUGACGCCUCAAUCAUUCCCUUGCUCCUCUACAUAUAUUCUUUAAGCUGAGUUUCUUUGCCUCCAUUGCUUACAACAAUCAGAAAAAUAAGAAAAACAAAAACCAUUUUUUCACCCUCGGAUUUUAAUUUUGCUACCAAAAUCAUACUAAGGAAUGGCACUUGUAGCCCCUGCCAAAAUACUCAUAGGCAUCUCUUUGAAUCAAGAUGAUAGCAAAGAGCUUCUCUCAUGGGCAAUCAACACACUAGCUCAUCCAAAUGACACCGUUGUCGCGCUACAUGUUCUUGUAGAGGAUAAGAGGAAGAAGUACGAGUCGAUUGUGAAUAGUCGAACACAGUAUCGUCGCGCAAAAGCCUUUGUUAUAUCUGUGAUGGGUGAAUUUGCAAGAAUCUGUCAGUGUAAGCAGGUGAACUUGGAGGCUAGAGUUGGGUUCAGCUCCAGUAUUGGAAGAGGUUUAAUUGAGGAAGCAAAAACCAUGUCAGCAGAGUUUCUUCUCAUUGGUUGCUCGAGAAACAGAUCCAAUAGAAUUUCACGCGAAAACAUGAGGCAUUGUUUUGAGCAUGCCCCGGAAGGCUGUUCAGUGGUCUCACUUGGGAAACAUGUCCUCUCGCGACAAAAUUCAGAUUCAAAUUUUGAGCAAAAUGAAGUCGAAAACCAUAGACACUUGGAAGCUAAGAGCGAAAAGGCUUCUCCAAGAGCAGUGAUAGACCUAAGCGAUGGAGAAUCGAACAACACAGAAGAAGACAGCUCAAGUACCGGGGAUUCGAGCAUGACAGAGUCCCCUCCUCUGUCUCUUGGGUUGAAAAAUGAAUUAAGUUUUCGAAAACCAUUAUCGCCAUUUCAACGCAUUUCCUCUUUCCUCCGCUCAUCGUUUGAUUUCAAUGGAAAAAAUAGAAAUGAAGUAACUUCCAAUAAAGAAAAGCAGCAACCUCUAUUGAGGUGCUUUAGCUAUGAAGAGAUUGCAAAUGCCACAAAUAAUUUUCACCCAGAUAAUGUGGUAGGUCGAGGAGGGUAUUCGGAGGUGUACAGAGGCGACCUUGGCGAUGGACAUACCAUAGCAGUAAAGAGGCUAGCGAAAAACAAUACCAAUGAAAACAAGGAAAAAGAGUUCCUCAUGGAAUUAGGUGUAAUAGGACAUGUCAACCAUCCUAAUACCGCGACCUUAGUUGGAUGUUGCAUUGAAAAUGGACUCCACUUGAUCUUCCACUUCUCUCCAAAUGGAACUUUAGCUUCUGCAUUACAUGGAAACUUGGACAAGUCACUUGAAUGGCCGGUUAGAUAUAAAAUAGCAGUUGGGAUUGCAAGGGGUUUGCAUUAUCUUCACAAGUGCUGCAAACACCGGAUAAUACACCGUGACAUAAAAGCCUCUAAUGUGCUUCUAGGGGCAGAUUAUGAACCACAGAUUUCGGAUUUUGGACUUGCGAAAUGGCUGCCUAAUAAAUGGACUCACCACGCUGUGAUUCCAAUCGAGGGAACAUUUGGAUACUUGGCGCCAGAGUACUUCAUGCAUGGAAUUGUAGAUGAGAAAAUCGAUGUUUUUGCAUUUGGAGUUCUUCUUCUUGAGAUCAUUACUGGCCGGAGACCAGUUGACUCAUCGAAGCAAAACCUUCUCUUAUGGGCAAAGCCACUAAUGGAAUCUGGUAACAUCACUGAGUUAGUUGAUCCAAAAUUGAAAAAUAAAUAUGACUCAGAUCAAAUUCGUAGGUUAGUACUCACUGCUUCCUACUGUAUAAGGCAAUCCUCGAUAUGGCGACCAUCGAUGAGUGAGGUAUUAGAACUACUAACAUAUGGUAAUGAUUCUAAGGAUGCAAGGAGUUGGAGGAUGCCAAAGCACAAAUCUGAGGAGAUAGAUGAUUACUCUAUGAUUUUUGGAUAUGACCUUCCAUCAGAUUUUAGUUUGGAGGAGAUGCAGUGAGCUCGAAGACCCAUUUCUCUUCUCUUUUCUCUGUUUAGUAGUUGUGCAGGCUUUUUGUGAUAAGAGGUAGAUAUGGUUAACUCAUUGUAGUCAACUUGUUGGUUUGCUUCCCUCUAGAGUUGCUUUGCCAUAGAAUGGAUAAUUUGCCCAUAAAAUUAUAUCCCAAUGCACUUUCAGUCACAUGAUAUGACAAGAAUCUUAAGACAUGAUUAUACGAUUGAAAUGCAUUAGGAAUGCGAGAUAGAGGUUUUCAAGAGAUUAUUUGUCUUCAAAUUUCUGUUCCUUGUCCCAAUGCACUUUCAACCGCAUGAUAUGACAGGAAUCUCAGAAUAAUAGAAUUUUAAGGCAUAAUCAUGCAAUUGGAGUGUAUUAGGGAUGAGAGGCAUGAAUUUUGGAAGCAGAACAUCCCAUACUCUAAUUUUAUAUAAUGGGAUUUUUAUUUUAUUAUUAUUAUUAUUAUUAUUCCUCUAUGUAUUUUGGAAGUGUUUCAUUAUUGAACUUUUGUGGACAAAA